AUGGGCAGUUUUCUGCCUGUGGUCAAUGGAAGCUCCAGAUUGGGUAAAGUGGACAGAGUGAAGGUGUUAUCCUAUGGUAUAUUCAUCAUUCGGUUUCAUUCAAUUGAGGAUAGGGAUCAAGUGUUGAAUGGGGGUUUCAUUUUCUUUAACAGAAGACCAGUAGUUAUGAGGCCUUGGGACCCAAAUGAAUCAUUCAAAAAAGAUGAUAUGAAGAGUGUUCCUAUAUGGAUCCAAUUAGAAGAACUAGAACUGAAAUAUUGGGGCCAAAAGUCAUUGUUUAAGAUAGUUGGUCAGACGGGGAAGCCAAUCAUGGUAGAUAAUGUGACUAAAGAAAGGGAGAGAUUGAACUUCCCUCAGGUUUUAAUAGAAGUACAGAUGGACCAAGAUUUGCCAGCUUUCUUAGAGUUUGAAAAUGAAUUUGGUUCGAUCACUUCAGUAGGAAUAAAAUAUGAAUGGAAGCCAAUUUCUUGCUCACAUUGUUCUGGUAUAGGUCAUGCUGCAACAGAUUGUAAAAAGAAAAUGGGGGGGCAGCAACAAUGGAUCAUUAAAAAGGACAACAGGAAGAUGCCACAGGUUGAUGAAGAGGGCUUUACCAAAGUUCAUAGCUGGAAAAAUACUGCUACCCGUGAGCAGGGAACAACUGGAACAACUGAAACUAAUGGGGUGAUAAUGAAGAACUCAUUCCAGGGACUCGAAGAAGAUGAAAUUAUAGAAAUUGCAGAGGAGAAUAUGCCUACUGAGAUAGUCAAGACAGGAGAGGGGGGAGCACCCUCUCUGUCUAGUGGAUAA